GGGAGAGGGAGACACACAGAUACAGUACAUAGAGUGAGAUAAGAGAGAGGAGAGAUAGGGGGGGUGUUGAGAAGGCAAGGUGAAAAAAUACAUGGCAGACGGGCUAAUCGACAAGCAGGCAGACAGGCUUGAGUUAGGCAGGCAGAGAAGCGGGGAGGAGAGCAGCAGCAGAAGGCAGAGAUGAGAUGAGGAGAAGGGAGGGGAGAACCAUGAGCGUAAUACACACCUCUCUCCCUUUGCAUUCAGAUACGGGCCAAAAGAAGACUCCCGAGAGGAAGGAUGUGCGUAGCAUGUCAUUCCAGAGACCCAAGGGAACCGUGGAAUAUUCCGACUCAGAUGACAUCCAUCGGCGGGAUUCCACACCGUCCCCUGCCCACCCCAUGUCCCGUCCGGCCAGAGUGGUGUUGUCCACAUCUGAAGAAGAAGAGGCUCUAACACAGAAGUUUCUCAAAAUCAACUGCAAGUACAUCACAGAUGGCAAGGGGGUGGUCAGUGGGGUGUUGCUGGUCACGCCCAACAACCUCAUGUUCGAACCCCACAAGGCGGACCCGCUGGUGCAGGACCGCGGCUGUGAGGAGUAUGGCAUCAUGUGCCCGCUGGAGGAGGUCAUGUCUGCCGCCAUGUGCACCGAGGUCACCGACAGCAGGAUCAAAGAGUUUGUUCCCCCAGAACUGGAGCUGCUGUCAUCAGCGCCAGAGCCCUGCCACAUGAAGAGGGUGCCUUGGAGCAACCUGGAGGACGCGGCACAGCGUGCCCGUGAUGCAGGAAAUGACAGCGCCAGCACGACUGCUCGCAGCACUGAGGACUCCCCUGUACGGGAUGACCCAGGGUCCUCAGACGAGCUACGCCGGGACAAGUCCUCUGGGGCCUCACCUGAGUCUGACCAGACCAUCAACCAGGCCCAGGACUCUGAGUUAGCCAUGGAGGAGCUCAGGAAGCUUUGGAAGAGCCACAUUAUGCAGUCAGCCAAUGAGCAGGGAGAAGGGGACCAGCAGGAGGCCAAGACAGCCAAUCAGGAUCAGUCAGAAGAGGGCACAGGCAAAGCCUUGCCGGUGCCCAAGGAGAAGCGGAGGCAGCGGUCCCAUAAGUUUCUGUGUCUGCAGGUGGGCAAGCCCAUGAAGAAGACCUUUGUGUCCCAUGCCAGCGCCUCCAUGCAGCAGUACGCCCAGAGGAACCGGAAGCAUGAGUACUGGUUUGCAGUCCCACACGAGAGGUCAGACCACCUUUAUGCCUUCUUCGUCCAGUGGAGUCCAGACAUGUACCGGGAGGAUAUGGGAGGAAGAGGGGCGUCCGGAGAGCCGGGGUUCGUAGUGGUCAAAAACAACUGGGAGUCUGAAACAGGGUCUGACGUGCCGCCAGGCCCUGACAUCACCGCUAAAGAGUGGGAGAUCAUUACCAAGAGGGAGGUGAACUCGAAGCAUGGCCCCGCCAUAAGGACUGAUCUGGAGCCAGAGGUCUUCAGGCCAAACCUGAGCAAGCCCAGCGACCUCCUGCAGAUGGACCAGAUAGAGAAGCUGGCCAAAAACCUCCCUCCCAGGACAAUCGGCUACCACUGGUCUCUGGCCUUCAGCACCAAUAAACAUGGCAUGAGCAUCAAGACCCUGUACCGGGCCAUGCAGGGCCUGGACACACCCGUGCUCAUGGUGAUCAAGGACAGCGACGGACAUAUGUUUGGUGCCCUGGCCUCUGAGCCCUUUAAAGUCAGUGACAGCUUCUAUGGAACAGGAGAGACCUUCCUUUUUACCUUCUGUCCUGACUUUGAGGUGUUCAAAUGGACUGGUGACAACAUGUUUUUCCUCAAAGGAGAUAUGGAUUCUCUAGCGUUUGGUGGUGGAGGGGGUGAGUUUGGUCUAUGGCUAGAUGGAGACCUCUACCACGGCAGAAGUAAACCCUGUAAAACCUUUGGCAACCCCAUGCUGACCAAGACGGAGGACUUUGUUCUUCAGGACAUUGAGAUCUGGUCGUUUGAGUAAAAAGCCUAACUAUGCCCUGCCAGAGAGAACUGGAACUCUUAUGGAAAAGGUAUGUAGGAAUGUUGUCCCCCAUGCCUCAAAAAGCAACAUCGACCCAGACUUGCCUGCAUGUCCUCUUGGCUCAUUGGAGGCCUGUUACAAACAAACAGCUAUCACUGUGCUGAUUAACCAAUCACUCGUUAUCACUACUACUGCAUCCAAUACAGAGAGUUAUGUCUCUGUUAAAACACUGUCAGUUUAUUUCAUUAGACGUGUGUGUAGGUUCAGGUUGAGUAUAGAGGGGUGUGAGGGAUGGGACAUGGAGAUGUCUUUGUUGGAAGUAGGCUACAGAAUGUCUUGAUUGUUAGAACUCUGUGGGUCGACUGAUGGCCGACGACUUGGUUUGUGAUCAAGAGGAAGAAGAAGAACUUUAACUCUUGACUCCAGGACAUCGGAGCAUCUACAUGUACAUAAACAUGGCCACUGUCAAAAACGUUCCAUUACUCAAAAACCUUAUGGCAAUAUGUGAUGUGGUAAAAAAAAAAGCGGUACAUGAUACAGGGUGAGGAGCGAUUAUGUUUUUGUCAUUGUAAAAUGCCUGAUGAGAAAACAUCACAAUUACCACAUCAGGAGGACACAAGCAAUAGGUUGCAUUCACUGAAUGGGAGAAAUUGUUACAUGGCAGCAACUGAAAAACAAAAUCCUUUUCGAGCUCUACAGUAUACUGUCAGACCACAAAGGCACACCAUCGGCUCCAAGCAUAUGUUACAAAUAUAUAUUCAAAGAUCCAUUGAUGGUAUAGCGUUCUGUUUUUGUCAGUUGUAUCAUUGAGUAUGUGAACAUACAGUAACACUAAUGCACACCGGCCUUGUUCCAAUCAGACACUGUGUCUCUCCACUGUCUGUCCAUAUGCAGUAUAAUGUGUUCCAAUAAAUAGAUCUCUGUGGAGUAAUAAUGUGCAAGUUAAGUACACUACCAGUCAAAGGU